CACUGAGGUAUCAGAGAGGUCUUAUGAGAAAUGAUCUGUAGCUGCAGUUUUACAGACCAGCCGGGAGCUGGGAGCUGAGAGCAUGUGGGAUGCCUGUCUGGCUAUUUCGAGAUAAUGCUGAGCAAGAGGAAGAUCUCUCUUCUGUAAUGGCAUGAAGUGAGCAUUCGCACGGCUCCCAGCUGCCCUCGACAUUAAUGCUAAAAAACAGCAGGAAACAUGGAUAUAAUGGAGAAAAUGGAUCUGGAUAAUCAGAUGACUAUACUGGAGGAUGCAGUGAUGGAGGAAGGAGCUCAGAAUGUAGAGGAUGAGGUUGAAGAUUUGAGUAACAGUUUGAGAGAGAUCGUCCAUGACGUGGCAGUGAAGCCCAAACUACACUGUCUGAUGAUGGACCCAGCCUUCUCCAUGGUCACAGUGCAGAGCGAGGACAGCGGGAUUGUCUGGGAGACGUCGUCCAGUCGCUGCUCCACCCCCUGGGCUUCAGACUUAAAUUCUGCUGCUACAGAACCCUGCUAUAGUCUGCUUCCAAAACCUCCUGCAGCUCCAGCAGGUCCAGAAGCAGCCGGUAAAAUCAUCUUUAUAAUGGAUGAGGACCACUUGAUCAGGAGGAAGAAGAGGAAGAGGAGUAAAGCUGAGAAGAAAGCGGAGACAAUGGGAGAAGGACUGGGGGAACCUGAAAGGCCAGCCAUGGUGGAGGUAUCUCUUCCUAACAUGAAAAUGGAGGAAGAACCAGAGGUAGUUGAGCAGAAAGACCCAAAAGAGGAGGGCAACCAGCGACUCUUCCGCCUGGUCUCUGAGGGAUCCGAGAUUUUGAACAUCAUUGCGCCACCAAAGAUAUUCACCGUGGAUGAGGAGGAAAGCAAAGGGCUGGAGGAUAACCUGUCCUACCUGGAAGAAACUCCUGUCGUCAAAGCCCAAGACAUCGUCGAAGAACCUGAGGAAACACCAAAAGAGGACAUUCAAGCCAUGCUCCAGGCAGUUCCCGAACCAGUCCUGGUUUCACCAAUCAAGCCUCCGCGAAAAGGAGCCACUAGCGAAGACUACUUUGAGAAGUUCACACUGCUGGACCAUCAGACACCAGCAGGAGGAGCUCCUACAUUGGAGGCUUCCGAUGAGCCUGAGGUCUCGACAGAGCAGGAAGCAGAAGAUAAAGUAAGUAAAGACAAGACUCUCAAUGCAAAACCAGAAGUGGAAAUUGCAAGCGAUUCAGCAUCAGUCAGUGGCCUGGAGAUUGCUAGUGAACAUGUGGACGAGGUGUUUUAUGGUGGUGGAAGCGAUCCAGACAAACAAAUCCUACCAAGGAAUGGAGCAAACCGAGGAGAUCUGCCCACGUCACCUUUGAAGGAAAGCGGAUCCGCCUUGUUCGGUAGCCAGGAGACGAUACUUACCCCAGUUUACCUCCCUGAGGGACCUGCAAAAAUUAUAGAUCUGAACCUGCUGGAGGAGCCAAAAGCCUUGGCCUUCAUGUACACAGAUCUGUAUGCGGAUGCCAUAGGAACCAGGAUAAAGCAAGAGGACACGGAGAGCGUGACCUCGGAGAAGUCCUUUCACAGUCAGGAGUCCGACAUAGAAGACAGAGGCUACCUGGAGAAGUUUGUACUCAAAGACGAAACUCCAUUAGCAGGGGCAGUUCAAUUGACCGGUGACCGUACGGUGGAGAGGGUGAAGAUGUUUUCUGAGGACGCUUUUGGCAUUGCACAGCAUGAAAGGUACCAGUCUGGACCACAGGUUGAAGAGGAAAUCACUGAUUUCUUUAGGGACAGUGCAAGCUCAUCCCCUUGUGAACAUCUUCAGGUAGAAAAGCUAGAACCUGAGGAAACGAUGGAAGUGAAAAAGACUCGGCGUGUGGCUUUUCAGGAUGAAUCCACAAAGAACGGCAAAAGGAUGACACAGGCAGGAAAUGACGUUUUCCUGCCGUCAGAAGAUGAUAUAGAAAUUGCAGAGGCUUUUUUACCACUUGACAUAAGCACAGAGUCUUCCUCAGGGGACGCAAGCUGGGUAACUGUAGACAGAAAAUCAGCAGCUGCUGAAUUCGCUGCCCAAACUGUUUCGGGGAAGACAAAAAAGACAGAAAAGACAAAGAGACCUAAAGCACCCACUGGAACUCUCUCGAUCAAAUCGCCUCAAACAGUCAAACCCAUAACACCACCCCACAAACCCUUCCUGGACCUGACUCCUCUACUUCCGGCAGAGGUCGAGGAGGAGGCUGAGGGACAUGGAGAGAUGAAAGUGAAGCAAGAACAGAAAUCUGGUGCCAGUGACGUUUGCUCAUCCACACCUAAGGCAGCAGAACCUACAGGAGAAGCUGGGCUGGACUAUGAGCUCAUCACCAAGCAGGAGGCCAGUGAAUACGCCACGCCUCAGAAGGACUCAGAAGGAUUCACUAUGGUGGAAUAUCCACCAAGUCAGACAGACAACCAGUAUGAUGCAGUCGAGGCAGAUUACGAGAUUGUAGAUGCUCCAAUCUCCUAAUUUAAACCUAGACUAGAUUAGUCUCCAAGUUUACGAAAUGGGCUCUUCUGACGUGCACUUGCAUUACAUUUCACAGUAAUGACAACCCUAAUGUUGUAUAUGACCUAAAGUAAAUUGACACCCAAAGCAAACCCAAAGUUCACACCCUGGGUAAUUCCUCUUGCUAUCAGCAGCCAGAGCCCGAGAGAGGACAAUUGACCAUGCUCUUCCCCUGAGAGCAUGCUGACACAGGCUUCUAUUAGCUGAUGUAUCAGAGCUGGUGAUCUGGCGCUUUCCUCCGAAUACAAUUCAAGCUGUCUAUUGAUGCUGCUCAAAAGUUAAAUCCCCCAAGUUAAGACCUAUACUGGGUUCUCUUUCUUCCUGAAGACAAAUUUGACCCUCGGUUGCUGAGUAUAAUACAGCAAUUGAUCUGUGAUGUAUGUACCAACACCCCAAGUGCUGAGUUUAAUACAGCAAUUGGCCAGUGCUGCAUGUCCCAUUAACCAAUUUGUUGAGUAUAAUACAGCAAUUGGCCUGUGCAGUAGUUGCUAUCACCCUGGUUGCCAAGUAUAAUACAGAAAUUUGCCUGUACUGCAUUUGCUGAAACUGCAGUUACUGCUAUAAUAUGGGAUUUACUCAUUAACGCUUUUACCAACAUUUCGGUUGCCUAGUUUAAACUACAUUUGGCCCAAUACUGUCUCAGCGGAUGUUUUGAUUAAUUUAUCACCUAUUUAAUGCCACACCUACCAAUAAUCACCAAAAAAAAUGGCCAAUAUUGGAAACUGGAUUAAAGGUCUUGAUCUCAGGCCCUUUGUUAUAUGGGAUUACUCAAAAAAAAGUUUUAAAAGUAUACAGUAUUCCAACCAUUACUUCACAUGUUCUUCACAAAUCUAUAUUCAGAAAUCUAUAUUAUGUAUAAUCUAUUAUUCCCUGGUUGUUACAUGAAUUCCCACAGUGGUGUUUCAUCCAUUGGUCUGGCAUCAGCUUUUAGAUGAUUUUUGUAAAUAUGUCAUCGAAAUGAGAUAUCAUUUCAUCUAGCCGUACUAGAACACCUCAAACCUACUCCGGUUAAAACAAACAGAUAAAUGAAAAAAGUGUAUAAUGAUUAAAAAAAAGACUGUGUGGGUCUUGUAUAUAGACUUAGGAAUCACCUUUGGCUGAAACAGAAGAGUUAUAAUGUAUAUAACUUUCCUGAAAUAUCAAUAACACUAAAGUUGUAAUAUGUAAAUGUAAACGUGCUAAUUUAUGAGGACAGAAUAUCUGUUUAUACAUCAAUAAACUGUACAUAACCUGG